ACACGAAACUCAGCAUCCUUUCCCACCUGGAUGCUUCAAAGUUUUCAUUAUUUGCGGUCCCUAUUGUGCUCGGAACGCUGGGAUUGUUCCGACCCUGUAUGCCACCCUCAAUCGCGAACACCUUAAUCCUCGAAUGUCGGACUGGAUGGGGUGACCAGGACGCUGAGUUGUGGGUCCGUCUAAUCAAUGGUCUGGUGCAGGGGUCCGUCGGGCUAUCGGUAGCAGCAGUUAUUGUCACCACGAUCAAAAGAAUUUUCCUUUAUCCGGCGGUAAUGGUGGAAUUGUGGAUCAAAACGAUUGAAAGAAAACUGGAUCAUGGCUUAGCGGGAUUUCGUGUCGCCCAAGUAUUCCAAAACCUGACCAACUCCGUCAUGCGGAAGCCUCUCAACAACCUCUUCGUCUUGCUGUGCAUCGUGUGCCAAGUAAUCUCGCUCUACGUGAUCAUCACAUCCUGGGCAAAUAUCUCUCUUGGCGUGUUCGCAUUCUUCUACUUGAUGGGAUUCGAUUUCUUCAUAAUGAUCCAUGUCACGCUGCAUUCUCAGAGCAAAUCGUAUGUUGCGAGCUUAAAGUUUGCAGAAAAUAUGAAAAGUCUACAGUCCCGAAAUCCAUGGUUUAGGAAAUUUUUGAAGUCGUGUCCCCCCUUAAAAGUGGGGAUGGGCGAUGGCAAGUUUUUCGAUGCGUUAUCAGCAUUCGUCAUUUUCCAGUUUUGCGUUGACAGGCUGAUUAACUUGUUGCUGAUGGAGAAAUAACUUGAUGUUCGGGAUUAUAGCAAUGAAAAUUAUAGCGUA